AUGGGCAUAUUGCCAUUCUUGGGUUUCCCCAAGAGCAGCUCGGGUUACCAAAGAUCACUAGAAACAUGUGUUAUGUGGGGUAUCGGCGAACACACUGAUAGGUAUAAGCAUGGGGUCCAAACAAAACCGAUAAUCAGCGGUUUCCGUGAUAUCAAACUAGCUGAAGAAGAUUUCAUCAUACUCAUUUUCGAGAUUGUGAUCACUAACUCGAACGUUGGCCAGAUUCGAUUCCACGAAAGGCCCAGCUUUUUCGAAAAAAAGAAUUUCCAUUAUACUCAUCUCCGAGACUUUGUGUUCUUUGACUUGAACCUUGCUCAGAUUCGUUUGGUGGGCCAGAAAGUCUGGAAGUAA